AUGUAUGACAAAAACCGCAAAACAGAAGGAUUCUCCAACGCCAGUGAGGCAGAAGGUGGAGGAGAUGAGGAGGAGGAGGAGGAGGAGGAGGAGGAGGGAGAGGGGGAUGAAGGAGAAGAAGAUGAUAUGGCCUGGCAGGAGGAGAACGGAGGGAUGAGGAUGAACAGGACUGACACCAUGAUCUCCACCGCCAGCUCCACCGGCACACAGCGGAAGAAGAGCCAGCACGGCAAGAAGCAGGCGCCGGGCGGCAGCACGGUGCAGAGGGCCCCGAGAGCGCUCUUCUGCCUGCGGCUCAACAACCCCAUCCGCAGGGCCGCACUCUCCAUCGUGGAGUGGAAACCCUUUGAUGUCUUCAUCUUGCUCGCCAUCUUUGCUAACUGUGUGGCUCUGGGUGUGUCGAAACCCUUCCCGGAGGACGACUCGAACGCCACCAACCAUGACCUGGAACAAGUGGAGUAUGUGUUUCUGAUCAUCUUUACCGUGGAGACAUUCCUGAAGAUCCUGGCGUAUGGGUUAGUCAUGCACCCCACCUCCUACAUUCGCAACGGCUGGAACAUGCUGGACUUCGUCAUCGUCAUUGUGGGGUUGUUCAGCGUGGUGCUGGAGACGAUGACUCACAGGCCGGGAGACGCCCACAUGGCUGGGAAGCCGGGCGGUCUGGAUGUGAAAGCUCUCCGAGCGUUCAGAGUGCUACGGCCCCUCAGGCUGGUGUCAGGAGUGCCCAGUCUCCAGAUUGUGCUGAACUCCAUCAUGAAGGCCAUGGUGCCUCUGCUGCACAUUGCCCUGCUGGUGCUCUUCGUCAUCAUCAUCUACGCCAUCAUCGGCCUGGAGCUCUUCAUCGGCAGGAUGCACAAGACCUGCUACUACACCAGCACAGACAUGAAUGUGGAGGACGAGCCGGUGCCGUGCGCGUUCGCGGGUCACGGCCGGCAGUGCCUGGUGAACGGCUCUGAGUGCCGGGGGCGGUGGGACGGGCCCAACGGCGGCAUCACCAACUUCGACAACUUCUUCUUCGCCAUGCUGACGGUCUUCCAGUGCAUCACCAUGGAGGGCUGGACCGACGUGCUGUAUUGGAUGAAUGAUGCUAUUGGCUUUGAGCUGCCUUGGGUCUACUUUGUCAGCCUGGUCAUCUUUGGCUCUUUCUUUGUGCUCAACCUCGUGUUGGGUGUACUGAGCGGAGAGUUCUCUAAGGAGCGGGAGAAGGCGAAGGCUCGGGGGGACUUCCAGAAGCUGCGGGAGAAGCAGCAGCUGGAGGAGGACCUGUGCGGGUACAUGGAGUGGAUCACUCAGGCCGAGGACGCCGAGGACGACGAUGAGUGCAGCCCACGUUUCACAUUGGGGGACCUGUCUGAUAAGAAGAGAGGAAAGUUUGGCUGGUUCAGUCAUUCCAAUGAAACACAUGCAAGUCUUCCCGCCAGCGAGACAGCAUCCGAGAACACUGAGAACAUUGAUGAAGAACACACUGACUGCUGCGCAGCCUGCUGUGCUCGGAUUAUGAAAAACCGUCUAUGCCGUAUAAUGCGUCGCUGGAAUCGCGCCAGCCGCAGGAGGUGCCGUGUUGCGGUGAAGUCCGUCACCUUCUACUGGCUGGUGCUGCUCCUCGUCUUCCUCAACACCGUCACCAGUGCCUCCGAGCACUACAACCAGCCCAUCUGGCUCACAGAGGUCCAGGAAAUAGCCAAUAAGGUGCUGCUGUCUCUGUUCACGGUGGAGAUGCUGCUGAAGAUGUACAGUCUGGGGCUGCAGGUGUACUUCGUGGCCUUCUUCAACCGCUUCGACUGCUUCGUGGUGUGCGGGGGCAUCGUGGAGACCAUCCUGGUGGAGCUGGAGAUCAUGCCCCCGCUGGGCAUCUCCGUGCUGCGCUGCGUGCGUCUGCUGCGCAUAUUCAAGGUCACACGUCACUGGACGGCUCUGUCCAACCUGGUGGCUUCGCUGCUGAACUCCAUGAAGUCCAUCGCCUCGCUGCUGCUGCUCCUCUUCCUCUUCCUCAUCAUCUUCGCCCUCCUCGGGAUGCAGCUCUUUGGUGGGAAGUUCAACUUCGACGAGACGCAGACCAAGCGCAGCACCUUCGACACGUUCCCUCAGGCCCUGCUUACCUGCUUCCAGAUCCUGACGGGAGAGGACUGGAACGUGGUGAUGUACGACGGCAUCAUGGCGUAUGGCGGGCCCCACUUCCCCGGGAUGAUCGUCUGCGUGUACUUCGUCAUCCUCUUCAUCUGCGGAAACUACAUCCUGCUAAACGUUUUCUUGGCCAUCGCCGUGGAUAACCUGGCCAGCGGAGAUGGAGAUGGGAAAAAGAAAAAGUGUAGUGAGGGAGCGGAUAAGAAAGAGGCGGAGGUUGAGGAGAUCAAGGUUGAUAUCGAUGAGUUUGAAGAGGAAGAGGAAGAGCCAGAAGCAGGUGAAGAGGAAGGGGAAAAUCAGCUGAAUUUGAAUGUGGCUGACUUCACGCCCCCAAAAGAAAAGGUUCUCCCUAUUCCUGAAGGAAGUGCCUUCUUCUGCCUCAGCAACACUAACCCGAUUAGAGUCGGCUGCCACUUCCUGAUCCAUCAUCACAUCUUCACCAACCUCAUCCUGGUCUUCAUCAUCCUCAGCAGCAUCUCAUUGGCUGCCGAGGAUCCAAUCAGAGCUCACUCCUUCAGGAACAAUGUCCUAGGUUAUGCUGAUUAUGCCUUUACAUCCAUCUUCACCGUGGAAAUCUUGCUGAAGAUGACCGUACACGGUGCCUUUCUGCACCAGGGCUCGUUCUGCAGGAACUGGUUCAACCUUCUGGACCUGCUGGUGGUGAGCGUGUCGCUGGUGUCCUUCUUCCUCCACUCCAGCACCAUCUCUGUGGUGAAGAUCCUCAGGGUCCUCCGGGUCCUCAGGCCUCUGCGAGCCAUUAACAGAGCCAAGGGCCUUAAGCAUGUAGUGCAGUGUGUGUUCGUGGCCAUCAGGACCAUCGGGAACAUCAUGAUCGUCACCACACUGCUGCAGUUCAUGUUCGCCUGCAUCGGAGUCCAACUCUUCAAGGGGAAAUUUUACCGCUGUACUGAUGAGGCAAAGAGCACCCCAGACCAGUGCAAGGGCACGUUUGUGGUGUACAAGGACGGGGACGUGACGCAGCCCGCGGUGAGGGAAAGGAUCUGGCUGAACAGCGACUUCAACUUCGACAACGUGCUGAUGGGCAUGAUGGCGCUGUUCACCGUCUCCACCUUCGAGGGCUGGCCAGCACUGCUGUACAAGGCCAUCGACGCCAACGGCGAGAACCACGGGCCGAUCUACAACUUCCGCAUCGAGAUCUCCAUCUUCUUCAUCGUGUACAUCAUCAUCAUCGCCUUCUUCAUGAUGAACAUCUUUGUGGGUUUUGUCAUCAUCACGUUCCGUGAACAGGGGGAGCAGGAGUACAAGAACUGCGAGCUGGACAAGAACCAGAGGCAGUGUGUCGAGUAUGCACUGAAGGCCCAGCCUCUGAAACUGUACAUCCCUAAGAACCCGGUCCAGUAUAAGUUCUGGUCCAUAGUGAACUCAACGGCAUUCGAGUACAUUAUGUUUGUCCUGAUUCUGCUCAACACUGUGACUCUGGCUGUGCAGCACUACGAGCAGUCAAAGCCCUUCAACUACACCAUGGACAUCCUCAACAUGGUGUUCACCGGGCUUUUCACUUUUGAAAUGGUCCUCAAGAUCCUUGCUCUCAGACCAAGGCAUUAUUUCUCAGAUGCCUGGAAUUCGUUUGAUGCUCUUAUCGUGGUGGGCAGUGUCGUGGACAUCGUGGUCACAGAGUUUAGCAGCUCUGAGGACAGCUCCCGAGUGUCCAUCACUUUCUUUCGUCUGUUUCGGGUAAUGCGAUUGGUCAAACUGCUUAGUAAAGGGGAGGGCAUUCGCACGCUGCUAUGGACCUUUGUGAAGUCCCUCCAGGCCUUGCCAUAUGUUGCUCUCCUCAUUGCUAUGAUCUUCUUCAUCUAUGCUGUCAUUGGCAUGCAAACCUUUGGUAAGAUUGCCAUGCAGGACUACACCCAGAUCAACAGGAACAACAACUUCCAAACUUUCCCACAGGCUGUACUGCUGCUGUUCAGGUGUGCUACAGGAGAAGCGUGGCAGGAAAUCAUGCUGGCCAGCCUGCCAGGGAAACGCUGUGACCCUGAGUCCGACUAUGAGCCAGGAGAGGAGUUCACCUGCGGGAGCAACUUCGCCAUCAUCUACUUCAUCAGCUUCUUCAUGCUCUGCGCCUUCCUGAUCAUUAAUCUGUUUGUUGCCGUCAUCAUGGAUAACUUUGACUACCUGACACGUGAUUGGUCCAUCCUGGGCCCGCACCACCUGGAUGAGUUCAAAAGGAUCUGGUCAGAGUAUGACCCUGAGGCCAAGGGCCGUAUUAAGCAUCUCGACGUGGUCGCACUGCUGCGCAGAAUCCAGCCCCCUCUGGGUUUUGGGAAACUCUGUCCUCACCGCGUCGCCUGCAAGAGGCUGGUGGCCAUGAACAUGCCCUUGAACUCAGACGGCACGGUGACCUUCAACGCCACGCUGUUUGCCCUGGUGAGAACCGCCCUGAAAAUUAAAACUGAAGGAAACACUGACCAGGAGAACGAGGAGCUCCGGGUCAUUAUCAAGAAAAUCUGGAAACGGAUGAAACCCAAAACCUUGGAUGAAGUUAUCCCCCCCCACAAGGAGGAGGAGGUGACCGUGGGUAAAUUCUACGCCACCUUCCUGAUCCAGGACUACUUCAGGAAGUUCCGUAAGAGGAAGGAGAGGUGUGGUCUGGGAGAACCUGAUGUCAACAACUCCUCUGCUUUGCAGCUGUGUCAGGCGGGGCUGCGUACUCUGCAGGAUCUGGGGCCAGAGAUGAGACUGGCCAUGUCCUGCGACAUGGACGAGGAGGAGGAAGAGGAGGAGGAACAGCAAGACGCUCACCCUGACUCCGCCCCCAGCGACAGGCGUGGCUCAUUGGCCCUGUCCUCUCCCAGCACGCCGGGGGCGGUGCCUGCGGAGAGCCUGUCCAAUGGGGGCCUGUCUCACCGGUCUCUGUCCGGCCUGAGCAAAGAGGCCAACGGGGGAGGAGUGUGGGAGGCGGAGAGCCCGGCCGGUCCAGCCGGGGAGCUGACUCCCGCUGUCCAUCACCCCCCUCAACAUCCCAGCACCCGUGCCCCGAAACCCGUCUCCAACAGCAGAGUUCGCUACUAUGAUAAGGAACUCAGGAGGGACUCUGGGGAGGGGUAUCCCCGCUCAGUGCCUCAGCAGGCAGGCGUGCUGGAUGGAGGAGAGGAGAGGUACUACAGGGAGGAGGAGCCUGACAGGACAGGCCUCAGAGACCGGCACUUUGGCGCAGACAGUCCCCCGGUGUACCCUGGGCAGUGUGAGAGCCUGUAUGACUCACUCACACCGGGCCACACGCUGUAUGGUGCUCACUAUGGCAACAGCGAGGGCCGGCGGAUGGCGAGGCGACGCCUCCUUCCCGCCACGCCCACUGGGCGAAAACCUUCCUUUAAUAUGCAGUGUUUGCGGCGUCAGGGCAGCAGUGAUGACCUUCCCCUUCCCGGGACGUACCAUCCAAACUCUCCGCCUUACCGGGUGCGCACACAGACGUAUGGUAGCUAUGACUCCCGGCGUAGCAGUAGCAGCUCCUGUGCUUCGUGGGCGACCCCGGGUCCUCGGCGUGGGCGGCUCCUCUACGCGCCCCUGAUCCUGGUGGAGGAGGACGGGGUGGGGCCCGGGGCCGGGGCCGGGGGCGUGAGCGAUGGGGGCCGGCCGGGCUGGUACGCAGGGCCCCGGGGGGACCCUGGCCCCCAGCCCUACAGGGCCUACACCACCCUGAGGGUCCCCAGCCAGCUCCGCCCGCACUACAGCGACAAGAGAGGCAGCGCAGACAGCCUGGUGGAAGCGGUCCUCAUCUCCGAGGGUCUGGGGCUCUACGCGAAGGAUCCCAAAUUUGUGGCCUUCGCCAAGCGGGAGAUCGCUGACGCCUGUCACAUGACCAUCGACGAGAUGGAGAGCGCGGCCAGCGACCUCCUGAGCCGGGGGGGCGGGGGAGGGGCCUCCGGGAGCUUCCUCAGCCACCCCGACACGGGGCCCCUGUACAGCGACGAGGAGCCAAUCAGGAGCCGGGACGAGGACGAGCUGGCGGACGAGAUGACCUGCGUCACCUCCUUCUGAGCGCCGCCAGGGGGCGACAGAGGCCCCGCGCGCCCCGGCCUCCCACACCAGCGCUGGGGAAGAGCACGAGGAAGAGCUGAAUAGACAUGUUUCAAAUAUUCAGAUAGACGCCAUGGAUAGAGGAUUCAGGAUGGUGACAAAGCAGACUGGUGUGAGGAUGACCGUGGGUGAGGAGGGUGUGAGAACCGCAGAGUCACAGUGAGGUGGGG